UAACCACAAUAGUGUCAGCAAUAAAGCAACAAACCCGAAACUGCAAAGUCAAUAAGGGCAAGCUCUAGCCUUUUUGGCUGCCAUUGCCAUGAGAGAAGACUUUCUCAUCAAGACCAGGCCGUUACACCCAUCGUCCUAUAAUCCUCUCCUAUUACAACUAUUAGCAGAGGAGUUACAUGUUGACUAGUAGACUUGAAAGGUUGACAAAGGGCUGAAAUUACAUGGAUAACCUUUGCUGCUUCAACUCUGUCACUCAGGUUGUUGGAGGACGUUCGUCAAGUAGCUCUGGCAAGGGCAGAAGCCAUCAGAGUCAUGUCAAGUAUGGCUUUAGUCUUGUCAAAGGGAAAGCGAACCACCCAAUGGAGGACUAUCAUGUUGCAAAACUUGUCCAGGUCAGAGGGCAAGAGCUUGGACUGUUUGCUAUAUACGAUGGGCAUUUAGGAGACAGUGUGCCAGCCUAUCUACAAAAGAAUCUCUUCCCUAAUAUCUUAAAAGAUGAGGACUUUUGGACUGAUACAGCUAGAUCCAUUGUAAAAGCUUAUGAGGCAACAGAUAAAGCAAUUCUUUCUCAGAGUCCUGAUUUGGGACGAGGUGGAUCAACUGCAGUGACUGCCAUUGUUAUAAAUAAUCAGAAGUUAUGGAUAGCUAAUGUUGGAGAUUCACGGGCAGUUCUGUCAAAGGAUGGGCAGGCAAUACAAAUGAGUAUAGAUCAUGAGCCCAAUACUGAGAGGGACAGCAUCGAGGACAGAGGUGGCUUUGUCUCUAACAUGCCAGGAGAUGUUGCCAGAGUGAACGGCCAGCUUGCCGUUUCUCGAGCAUUUGGAGACAAAAAUCUCAAAUCACACUUGCGAUCCGAUCCUGACGUACAACAGGCUAACAUUGACCCAGAGACAGAGCUUUUGAUUCUUGCAAGUGAUGGUCUAUGGAAGGUGAUGGCAAAUCAAGAGGCAGUAGAUAUUGCAAGAAGGAUAAAGGAUCCACAAAGAGCAGCCAAACAGCUAGCAGCAGAAGCAUUGAACAGAGACAGCAAGGAUGAUAUUUCUUGCAUUGUAGUUCGUUUCAAGUCAUGAAACCGACGAACUUGAUAAGAUAAAUCAUUAAAGAGAGAUGCAAUGCAUUGCCAUUCAAUACCCUUCAAUUAGUUUUGGACGUUUCAGUCUCACCAAAGCCAACAAGAAAAAAGUUCAUUAUGAAUUUGCAGUUUUCUGCAGAUAUUUUCUUCCCCUUUCCCCUACCCUCCUCCUCUUCUGUAAAAUUAAUUAUAAGUCCUUGCAAUUUAGGUUGUGCUUUUUGGUGGUUUUGUUAGUUUCUCUUUUGUGUAGAUUCAUACCAUUAUUUUUCUCUGUAAUCUGGGUUAUUAAAUGGAGCAAUGUGUGAAAAUGGCCAUAGUGUUUUCCCCCCCUUCAUUGAACAUGGGAUGUAUGCAUUUGUAUUAACUUUUAGUGCAUGGUUAUACUUGAAUGCCCCUUAGCUCAA